UUAUGGACGUUCAGCAUUCAGCGAGAGGCUCAACAGGAAGUGCAACCCGUAAUGCGGCUUCACUGCUCUCUAUUCAAACCCUAUCGAGUUGCACAGUCCAUUUGUUUUUUUUUCUCGGGCCAGUGACAUGCACUUCCUGAUGCCAAAAGUCUAUGAAAAAAACACUAACCGCUACUGGCUGAGUCGCAGGCAGGGAGAAGUGUGAAUGUUGCUAAACAGUAUGAAGUAAUGAAGACCACUGGAUUUCAGGGGGGAUUUUAAUGAACUACUCUAAACCUACACACGCGUUGACAGCACAGGCUUCUUUAUACCCUGUAACGCUACACAGCUCUUGUGAUACGUGACCGUACCUUUCGAUCAUAAUAUCACUGAAUUCAUGAGGAAUCAACAGCAAGAAUUUAAUCAACGAUGAGGAGACUGUCUCGCAAGAAAGCUCUCAACCUGGUAAAAGAGCUGGAUGCUUUUCCAAAGGUUCCAGAGAGCUACGUGGAGACGAGCGCAAGUGGAGGAACUGUGUCAUUGAUUGCUUUCACGGCUAUGGCUCUCCUGGCAUUCUUUGAGUUUUUCGUCUAUCGGGACACAUGGAUGUCCUAUGAAUAUGAAGUCGAUAAGGAUUAUACAAGUAAAUUAAGAAUAAAUAUAGAUGUUACUGUUGCCAUGAGGUGCCAAUUUGUAGGUGCUGAUGUUUUAGAUUUGGCUGAGACAAUGGUAGCAUCUGAUGGUCUGCAGUAUGAACCAGUUGUGUUUGACCUGACCCCCCAACAAAGGAUCUGGCACAGGUAACUCUAUCUAUACUCUAUCCAUCUGUAAAAUAACACAUUCAGAUUGUUCAGAUCAUUUUGCAAUCUGACAUAACUCAACAGGUAAUGGACAUCACUUAUUCUAAUGCAGGUAGACAGAAUUCUUUUGAUUUUAUGUUCAGGUGAUGGGCCUGGGUUACACCAUCAUAUGCUUGCUUUGAUGACAUGCAUAUAGUCUAGUCAGAUUGUCUUGAAAAUUAUUAAUUUGAUUGGUUGGUAAUUCAGACCCUUUAUAGACAAACAAUAGUGAACCCUUCAAUUUCCGCAGAAGUGUUAGGAGGGCUUGACUGCACACCACUGAUACAUAUGUUUUGUGAAAGAGUCUGUGUUAGACACCCCAAAAGCAGUGCUCGUGAAUUUAGCUAUGAAGUCUUGGUUUCCACUCACCUAACUUAAUCACUAAAAUGAAAGAGUUUACACUAACCUACACCCCUUAAAUUGUAUCGUAAGUCUAAAAGAGAACUGUGAAUUGGGAGAUGUGUUUUUGAGCAACACGAUCCCAAGUAUACUGCAAAAUUUACUGACAAAUGGUUUAAAAACAACAAUGUUAAUGUUCUCAAGUGCCUCAGUUCAGACCUCAAUCCAAUUGAGAAUUUGUGGCUGGACUUGAAAGGGACUGUUCACCUAUGAUCCCUAUGUAACCUGACAGAGCUUGAGCCGUUUUACAAAGAAUAAUGGGGAAAUAUUGCAGUGUCCUGAUGUGCAAAGCUGAUGGAGACCUACACACACAGACUCACAGCUGAUGGAGACCUACACACACAC